AUGUUAGCUGGAUUGUUGGAGCAAAAAGUUGAAGAAGUUGGGAAAGAAAAUGUCGUUCAAAUAGUGACCGACAAUGGAGCAAACUAUAAAGCCGGGGGAAAACUUUUGGAGGAGAGGAUUCGGACAUUAUUUUGGACUCCUUGUGCAGCACACUGUCUUGACCUCAUGCUAGAGGACAUUGGGAAGAUGACGGAGUUCAAGUCCAAGAUUACAAGUGGUAGAAAUAUUACCACUUUUAUUUAUAGACAUGGGCGAAUCCUUAGUGCCAUGAGAGAGCAUACGGGUGGGCAAGAUCUUGUAAGAGCUGGAGCUACUCGAUUCGCCACAGCAUUCCUCACUUUACAGAGUUUGUACAAGCACAAAAAUGCUUUGAGAGCUCUAUUUGUUAGUGAUGAUUGGGUUCGCUCAAAAUUAUCCAACACCGAAGCGGGUAAAAAGGUGUGUGAGAUCGUGUUGUCGUAUAGAUUUUGGACUGCGGUUGAGGAUUGCUUGAGGGCAUCACAUCCCAUUUUGAUUGUGUUGAGGAUCGUUGAUGCUGAUAGUACUCUAGCUAUGCCCGAGCUUACGAUGGCUAUGUUGGCUGCUAAGAAAAAGCUCAAUGAAUCAUUUGCAAGCAAGCCAAGGUUGUUGGGAAAGUUGAUGGCUAUUGUAGAACGAAGAUGGGAUGAUCAGAUGGGAGUGGAUUUAUAUGGAGCCGCCUUAUUUUUAAAUCCUUCUAAAUACUUUGACCUUAAGGCGACGGAUAGUACAUGUGCUCGUAAGCAACGAGCCAUGUUCAAUACAAUACUUCAUAAGAUGAUUGACGAUGAUGACUUGCAAGUGAAGAUCAACAAUCAAGCAGAUAACUACAAUAACAUGAGGAAAGACUUUGGAAUGCCAUUAGCAGUCAAGCAACAAAAAGCAAAGACUCCUCUUUAUUGGUGGAAUGCUGUUGGUGGACUUAGCAUUGAGCUUCAAACACUAGCAAUGCGCAUCACAAGCCUUUGUUGUUCAUCUUCCGGUUGUGAGAGCAAUUGGAGCACAUUUGAAUUUAUCCAUACAAAGAAAAGAAACCGCUUAGAGCAUAAGAGAUUGAACGACUUGGUCUAUGUUCAAUACAAUCGCAAAAUUGCAAGUAGGUUUCAAAAGAUGCGUGAAGAAGGCUCCAACUUUAAUCCAUUGGUCUUAGAAGAGUUCCAAUGGGACAAUGAAUGGAUUAAUGGUGGUGAAUCUAGUGAUGAUGUUCAUCCCGGGGGUGAUCUUUCAUGGAGGCAUGUUGAUGAAGUAAUUGGUGCAUCAAACAACCUUGAGGGCUCUCAUCUUUCUACAAGAGCUCACGCGGGGGAAGGUUCACGUGCACAAAUGUUGAGCUAUUCACGACGCCGCAAUGCUUCUACUAGUACUCCUUCUAGUUCUAGGAUAGAUGAGGAAGAACAAAAUGAAGAAGAGCAUUUUCCUAAUGAUGAUGAAGACAUUGAAGAUGAGGAUGAUGUUCAAGAUGAUGAUGAAGUGGGAAAUGAAGAUAGUAAUGAUGGCAAUGAGAGAGAAACAAAUAUUGAUGACUUCUUGAUGGACCUUUGA